AUGUCCUUAAUUCAUCUUCCUCCCGAGCUUCUUGACCAGGUGCUUUCCGAUCAGGGCCUUCGAAAGCGUGACCUUGCCAACCUUGCACGAGUAAAUAAAAGCAUCUAUGCGCUCUUGUUGACAAAGAUCUACAAAGAUGUGAGACUCCAUGGUACUGAACAGCAUCAAGACCAAGAGAUCUUCGAUUUGUUCCACCGGACUCUUGUUGCAACUCCGCGACUAGCAGCCACCAUCCAAUCUCUAACUGCCAGCGCUUUUCUUCCCGAUGACGAGAAGAUUAUGCGAUCUCGGCAAAUUCUGGAGAAACUCACUGCCCUUCGAAAACUGUCACUGACUUAUUACGGAAGGGGGUUCUUCGAUGUAAACUUCAUCCAAAAGAUCAUGCCAACAAAGCCCAACACGGCUGCUACUACUCUUGUUAAACUUCAACAUAUAACAAUUACCGACCCACGACUAAGCUUCCACGAGAUUUCGAAGCUUAUAUGCUUUCCCAGUUUAGAGCGACUGGCCGUGAAAUGCGAUCAAAGACAAGAAACUACUCAAAGAGACGUCUCACCAUCCACAUCAAGGCACCCCUCUUCAAGUUCUCUUAAAAGCCUUACUCUAACAAUUUCCACGAACUGCAAUCACGGACUGCAUUCGGUCUUGUCGGUGUGCUCCGCUUUAGAAAGUUUUAUCUGCAAUAUAACUCAAACACAUAAUACCAAUGACGACCCAAUAUCACCUGCUGGUUUAUCACGGACUCUGGUGGCUUGUCAAGAAACACUUAAUACACUGGAAUUCAGCAGCAGCCUUUGCGAUAUUGAUGAAUCAUCGCUAGAGCUGAGUCGGUUUAAGAACGUGAGAUCUCUCAAGGCCAGCAGCAUCUUACUAUUUGAGGAGGAUGAGAGAGAGGACCCGGCUCUUCGAACUGGACUUUAUACCCGUCUGCCGCUCUCACUAGAAAGUCUAGAGAUCCUGUUUGUGACCGACACAUUUGCUUUCAAAUCACUCGAUGAAAUAGAAGGAUCCCACGACGAGGCUAUUAGCGCCGAAAUAAAAGUCGAUAACGUCAUUUGGCUGUCUGAGUUGGCUCAUUAUCGGCAAAGUCUAUCAUAUGUUCGGAUUGAAGAAGAUGCUGGACGAUCACCUUCCAUGAGAGCGCAUAGAACAGCUGGCCUUCACAAUGCUCCACCUCGCGUCAAAGAUGCAUUCGAUCUGGCACAGAUUGAGAUCGAUCUCUAUCUUCGACCAUCGUUCUACCCCUCUCUUGAGCAGCAUUCAAGUUGA